AUAAUGAAUGUUGUAUUGGAUCGUUUUGUUGUAAGCCACUUGUCUAUCAAGUUGUUAGCAACCAAAGUGAUCCGAUAGUCCUAACAUAAUAAGGAUUAUGGAGUCUAAACCUUUGCAAUUGACUUAAAGAAAUCUGAUGGAUUUCACUACAAAGAUAUAGUAUCAUGGUGGGACUUAAACACUUAAGUGAUAGGAUUUGAUUUUCACAACCAAUAAUAGGCCGGCUGUGAUUAAACCCUAAUGAUAUAAAUACUAUGGUUAAGUCCCUGCUUCCAUACGCUCAAUCUCUAAAAAUACGCUAAACCCUAUUCACAGCAGAGAGAUAUUUUGAAGUACUGGAAGUAGAAGACGACCAAGAACUCUGCAAUGUCUUCCGUAUUCUACAGAUAAGUUUAAUAUAAUUAGUCGAUCUCUAUUUUAUAUAUUGAUUUGAUUUAUUCGUGAUCCUAAUGUCUUGUUGUUGUGAUUUCAGAAUAUGUCUUACAAAGAGUACAUUAUACCGUCUUUGGCAGCCCUAUCAACCGCCUUUCAUCUUCUCGCAAGGUAUGAAUUCAAGAGCAACCAUGGUGAAUGGGUUAGUACAGUCAGACCUGACUUAGGUCCCGGGAUAGGAGAACGUAUAUGGGCAGCCGUUCGGUCAACAGAUGAAAAUGUCGAUGUUUGUCACUCCGUGAUGACUGAAUUGCGUGCUGCUCUUACUGAACUUCUCGGGGAUUUCGGUGUCCUCGCAAUGCCUACAGUUCCAGGGUAUCCACCAAAGCUGCAAACAGAUCCUAGUAUACUGGACGCUUUUCGUGCCAGGGCUUUCAGCUUCCAAUCCAUUGCCGUAGUUUCCGGAUUCUGCCAGGUGAGUAUACCACUAGGGAUGUGCGAUAACCUACCUGUUUCAGUUUCCUUGCUGGCAAAGCAUGGCUCGGAUGGAUUCCUGCUCAAUCUUGUGGAGACUCUUUACGACACUCUCAAAGAACACGCCGGGAAGUUGUGAAUGUUGACUACAAGAUUUUGAGUUGCAGAUUCUGAUAAUCUUUUCCUAAUAUAUGUGCUUGUAAGUUCUGCUAGUUUGGUGUUGUUAUGU